AUGAACGAGCUUGAUGGUAUUCCUAAGGCAUAUUCAUAUCUUUUUAGCACCAAAGACAGAGCCACUCUGGAACCGUUGUUGCCAUCAUUCCAAAAUCACGGCUUAGAAGUAUCACAUUAUGCCGAAACUGUCAUCCCCAACCCUACCAUGAGCAAUCCGCUUUCCUCUGCCGUUAAAUAUUCCGAUUAUGGUGAGGUGUACUUGAGCACCCUACCCGAGAUCAAUAGGAAUCAGCUAGUGUUUGUGGAGAAAAUCGGCCAAGGAGAGUUUGGAGAGGUACAUCGCUGCUUGCUAGAAUCUCGUCAGGUUGCUGUAAAGCGUCUACACAGCACUUCUCAAGAAGAGGAGAAUGCUUUCCUUCGUGAAAUCAGGGUUUUAGGAAACCUUAAACAUCCAAAUGUUGUCGAGGUGAUUGGUGUCUCUACUAUUGAUAAACCGAUGAUCUGCAUCAUGGAGUACAUGGCUGGCGGAGAUCUGAAGUCUUACAUUAGUAAGAUGGAAGAUGUUGACACACUCUAUUGCAUUUCUGUAGCUACGCAACUGGCCGCUGGGUUAUCCUAUCUAGAAUCAUGCAAUUUCGUGCAUAGCACACUCUAUUGCAUUUCUGUAGCUACGCAACUGGCCGCUGGGUUAUCUUACCUAGAAUCAUGCAAUUUCGUGCAUAGUAAUCCACUUUCCUCUGCCGUUAAAUAUUCCGACUAUGGUGAGGUGUACUUAAGUACCCUACCCGAGAUCAACAGGAAUCAACUAGUGUUUGUGGAGAAAAUCGGCCAAGGAGAGUUUGGAGAGGUGCAUCGUUGCUUGCUAGAAUCUCGUCAGGUUGCUGUAAAGCGUCUACAUAGCACUUCUCAAGAAGAAGAGAAUGCUUUUCUUCGUGAAAUCAGGGUUUUAGGUAAUACUAUUUUUGCAAUGGCAAAAUCGGAAUAA